GUCGCUUUCCCCAGAAAGGCCGGGAAAGAACAGAAGGGAAAAGAUAAUUCUGCAGGGGUGGAAUACGUUCCACUCCUCAUUCACUCCCGCCAUUUUUAAGUUUCGGCGAGGGACCUCUUACUUGAAUUUGUACUUUGCAGGUUUCUGUUUUGUGUGGAACUCGGCAAAGUGCUCCUCUAGAUUAAGCUAAAAUUUUCUACCCGGUUUGGGAGAUAGUUUAAUCAUGGAUUCAAAGCGACAUAAAUUUGUGAGGUUUGAUGAUCAGAGUUCAGAAUCAUCAUCUAAUACUGAGCAGAAAAAUUCUAGCAAUAAUGGAUACCAUGGAAGAAAACUGAGACCAAGCGUAAGCGCUGCUUUAGAUAGUAUCAAAAGAAGACUUGAGAAUGGGUCUGAUAAGAUAAAAAAUUUCCGAAAAUCCUCAACUGUUCAUCCUAUAAGUGACAGACCGCCCAAGACAUCUGCUCCUAGAAGAAAAAUUCUUGAUCCGCAGGGGUCGUUCCUUCAGAGAUGGAACAAAAUAUUUGUAUUCACAUCUGUGAUGGCUGUCUCUGUGGAUCCACUCUUCUUUUACAUCCCAGCGGUUGGAGACAAAGGCAAAUGCCUUGAGUUGAAUGGAAACUUGCAGAUUAUUGCUUCUGUUCUUCGUACAUUCUUCGAUCUUUUCUACAUUCUUCACAUAACCUUUCAGUUUCAAACUGGGUUUAUUGCUCCUUCUUCUCGGGUAUUUGGAAGGGGCGAGCUCGUUAAUGAUCCUCGGGCUAUCAUGAAAAGAUACUUAUCUACAUACUUUAUCAUCGAUGUUCUAUCAAUUCUUCCACUUCCACAGGUGGUUGUUUUAUUUAUCAUUCCAAAACUGAAGAGCUCAGUUCCAUUCGUGGCGAAGGACUUGUUGACGUAUAUGGUCUUGAUCCAGUAUGUGCCAAGAGUCUGGCGCAUUCGCCCAUUAUUCAAAGAAGUAACAAGAACUUCUGGCAUACUCACAGAAACUGCAUGGGCUGGGGCUGCUUAUAAUCUUUGUCUGUAUAUGCUGGCAAGUCAUUUGGUUGGAGCCUUCUGGUACCUGCUCUCGGUACAAUCAGAGCUUCGGUGCUGGCACAGAGCAUUGGAAAGUACAAAAUAUAAUGAUAAUAAUUAUCUGGGCUGUGGUAACCAGAAUGCAACUGUAGUUUCACUUCUCACUGAUUCAUGUGCCGUUGUUGAUCCUUCUGAAAUUACCAACUCAACAACCUUCAAUUUUGGAAUAUAUGCCGAUGCUCUACAAUCUGGUGUGGUUAAUUCAACAACAGAUUUUCCUCAGAAGUUUUUCUACUGCUUCUGGUGGGGUUUGCGCAAUUUAAGUUCUCUUGGACAGAACCUUAAGACAAGUACUUAUGUCCCGGAGAUAAUCUUUGCUAUCUGCAUUGCUGUCUUUGGCUUAGUCCUGUUCUCGUUGCUUAUUGGAAACAUGCAGAAAUAUCUGCAAUCUACUACAGUUAGAGUUGAGGAGAUGAGAGUGAAAAGGAGAGAUGCAGAGCAAUGGAUGUCCCACCGUAUGCUUCCAGAGAACUUAAGGGAAAGAAUCAGACGGUAUGAACAUUACAAAUGGCAAGAAAAUCGGGGUGUUGAAGAAGAAGCAUUAAUUCGUAAUCUUCCUAAAGAUCUCAGAAGGGACAUAAAGCGUCAUCUUUGCUUGGCUUUACUUAAAAAGGUGCCAAUAUUUGAGAAAAUGGAUGAACAAUUGUUGGAUGCAAUGUGUGAUAGAUUGAAGCCAAUUCUUUAUACAGAGAAGAGUUAUAUUGUUCGUGAAGGAGAUCCGGUCGAUGAAAUGCUCUUCAUUAUGCGAGGAAAGCUUGCUACUACGACAACAAAUGGAGGAAGAACUGGUUUCUUUAACUCUUCAGUUCUUCAAGCUGGUGACUUCUGUGGAGAAGAGCUUCUAACAUGGGCGUUGGACCCCAAUACCUCUUCAAAUCUUCCCAUUUCAACAAGAACAGUGGAAUCCAUAUCAGAAGUUGAAGCUUUUGCUCUCAUGCCUGAUGACUUGAAGUUUGUUACUUCUCAAUUUCGAAGACUUCAUAGCAAACGGCUUCAGCACACUUUCAGAUUUUAUUCCUUGCAAUGGAAGACGUGGGGUGCCUGUUUCAUACAGGCAGCUUGGCGUCGCUACUGCAGAAAGAAGAUGGAGAGGUCAUUGCGUGAAGCAGAAGAAAGACUAUUGGCCAAUGAGAGUGGAUCAUCAUCAACACCAAGUCUUGGUGCCACCAUUUAUGCAUCAAGAUUUGCUGCAAAUGCCUUACGAAACUUGCGACAGAACAGCGAACACAACAGCAGAAUGACACAGAGAUUGCUGCCUCUGCUGCCUCAGAAGCCAUCUGAGCCAGACUUUACUUCUCAAAGUCACUAGGCAAUGUGCAUGUAUAUGUAUGUGGCUAGCACUUUGUGCUGGAGAAUUUUUGCCUGGCUCCCUCAACGGUGGAGUGUGCAUGUUUCAGAAGCUGCCGCAUGCAAAAAUAAUGUUUCAUAGUUUCUCUUAUCACUGUAAAAAGCUGAACCUUUGUACAAAUUCUAAUAA